UCCGCCAUAAUCGUUUUUCGUGUGGGUCUGUGCUUGUGUGGUUUAGGUUUCUUACCGGUGCCAAUAAUUAUUUUUAAUUAGUAGUAAGUUAUGCGUAUGAAUCCAGACAUGGACGAUGAUGAGAAGGGAAAACUGUUUGUUGGUGGCUUAUCAUGGGAGACAUCGCAAGAAAACUUGCAAAGAUACUUCUCCCGCUAUGGGGAUGUCAUCGACUGUGUUGUAAUGAAGAACAGCGAAUCAGGCCGCUCCAGGGGCUUUGGAUUUGUUACCUUUGCUGAACCAUCUCUAGUGAAUGUGGUCCUUCAGAAUGGGCCUCAUCAACUUGAUGGCAGAACUAUUGACCCGAAGCCAUGCAAUCCGCGCACUCUGCAGAAGCCCAAGCGCGGCGGUGGUUACCCCAAAGUGUUCCUUGGUGGCCUACCAUCUAAUAUCACCGAGACAGAUCUUAGGGUAUUCUUUGGAAGGUACGGAAAGGUCAUGGAAGUCGUCAUCAUGUACGACCAGGAGAAGAAGAAAUCCAGGGGUUUUGGCUUCUUAUCUUUUGAAGAUGAGAUCUCUGUGGAGCGCGUGACGCAGGAGCAUUUCAUUAACCUCAAUGGGAAACAGGUGGAGAUCAAGCGCGCGGAGCCCCGCGACGGGUCCGGUAAGCUGGGCGCGGGCGGCGGCGGCAUGGGCGGCGGAGGCAUGAGCGCGCCCGGUGAGGCCCCGCAGGCCGGCCAGUGGGGCCCGCCCGCCGCGCCCAUCAACAUGAUCCAGGGACACAACGGACAGAUGGGCGGCCCGCCCAUCAACAUGCCCAUGGCCGGGCCCAACAUCAUGCAGGGGUACCAGGGAUGGGGCACGUCCCCGGGCCAGACAUCGUACGCAGGGUACGGCGCGGCGGGCGCGGGCGCGGGCCCCGGCAACUACCAGGGAUGGGGCGCCCCACCCGCGCAGGCCCCGCCCCACGCGCCCGCCUGGCCCGCCACCAACAACUACACGCAGCAGCCGCCCGCGCAGGGAUACGGCAGCUACGCUAACUACAGCUCGGCGCCCGCAGGCGCGUCUGCUGGCGGCAGUUGGACCAACUGGAAUAUGCCGCAGAACUCCAACUCGACUGGCUCUGGUUCGUACGUGCCGCUGUCGGAGGGCGGCGAGAUGUACGGGCGCGGCGCGGGCGGCGGCGGCGGCGGCGGAGCGCCCGCGCUCACCGGCGGCCUCUCCUCGGCCGCGCUCUCCAAGUCCUCGUCCGCGGACUACUCCACCUACCAGCAGUACCCGCCCGCCUACCAGCAGGACCAGUUGGUCGAUCAGGGCCCACAAGAGUGGCUUCUCCAGAAAGACAAUUAGAGAUAAGGGCGGGUUACGGAUGAGGGGAUGUCGCGAAAUACUGGCAAUUUUCUCACUAUGGACGGUUCGGUUUAUGCGACGAUAUUGCGCGCGAUCAUCAAAAAGCCAUCGCAUAGCACUAGAUAUAAGCUUUACCUUAGUAUCAUUCAAUAUUCAUAUUGCAUUUUGUAGCCGUGCGAGAUGAUUCAAUCGGUUUGUGUCAUCUCAACACUUGUAAAUUGGCAUUUAAAGUACAAAUUAGUAAAAUUUGGAUUUUCUCAUAUUGUUACAGGUUCAUUAAUAGUUAAUUUAAAGGUUAAAAAUAAUAUUAAGAGCUGUACUUUAAGUGUUCAGAGAUAAUUACUAUUCUGUUAAAUGUAACCAUCGCAGAAAUUAAUAAUUUACAAAAUUGUGUUAAAAUAUCAUGGGGGCAUCACCGAAUGCGGCCUCGCUCGACUAGUACAUAAUUCUUGCUGACAUGAUCCUUGUGAUGUAAUAAAAUGUAAUAAUACAAUGACGUCCUGGCCUCAUUUCGAUCCUCCAUGACUCGGGACGCGCCGUAGCCGAUGCCUCGGGCACACGUUCGUUGCAAACGUAUCCGCGUAGCGCAUCGACGCGCCCAUGUCCGAAAUGUGGGUGCAGUGUGACCAUAUCUAGCGGUUUUUUGGCAACAUUGACGUAUUGAAUAUAAUAUUUUGUAACAUGUAAAUUUUUCUUAUUUCUAAAUUCUGUUGAUUUGUAUAUGCAUGCAUAGUGUAAUGAUAAACUCACCGCCGGGUUUGUUUUAUUUAUUUAGUUAUUUUAUAAUAUUAUGUAUUAAUGUAUGUACCGUUUUGAUUGUGUUGAUUUGCUUUUAUUAAAUUCUAAACUAUAUCUAAUAUAAUGGGAUCGAUAAUAAUUGUAAAAGUCAGUAAUAAAACAAAAUUUAUAAGAAUGUAGUUAGAUACGAAAGUAUCGAUCAAAAAAGCUUACAUUUAUCAUGUCGAUGGAUGAGGAAUAGUAUUUGUAAAGUACAAUUAAAUUUUUUUUCAUGCUUAUUUAGAGAUAUAAUUUUGUUUUAUGGUAAAUACAGUCGACAGUAUUUAGAUAUUUUUUUAAAAAGAGUCCGUAGUAGGCCGUGGGACGUGCAGGUACGACACAGGUUAGCAUAUGGUGACACUGCACGGACGGGUCGGGCGCGUGUGGAGGCGUAGGUAGGGCGUAGGCCGGAGGCGUCGGCUCGGGCGCCCGGCCGGUGCCGGGUGAGCCCGGUGUAACUGUGCGCGAUGGUAGGGCUCGUCGUACGGCGGCGGCGGCUCGCGCGCGUACGGCGCCGGCACCGAGUACCACGCGGGCGCGC